AUGGGCUCCAAAGGAAACAACCUCUUCGAUGACGAUAGCAGUAGCGAUGGAGGAAGGAAAAGAAAGAGGCUGAAAAAAGUGUCAAGCAGUUUGUUUGAUAAAGAUAACGAUAAUGAUUUGUUUAACACAGAAGACACUAACACAUCUCAACCCAGACGUGUUGUAGAAAUUAAGGACGACGAGGAUGAAGACCAGCAGGAUUCCUACUACAACACAGGAAAUACUUCCAACAGAUCACUCCAAAAUAAGUCGCCAAACAAACCCGCGUUCUAUGACAUAACGUCCUACUUCAAACGAAGUUCGAAAAAAAUGGAAGAUCAAACAGAGGCAGGCGAAGCGGGAAACAAACACCAUGUAAAGGGCAAUGCACGAGAAAACACAAAUCUCUUCGACCUGGAAAGUAAAAAAUUUAAAAAUGAUGAUCCUCAUAGUAGCACCGGGCUGAAGAGGCAAAGGGAAGAUGACCUAACCAAUAUGUUAGACCAACACAAGUAUAAAAAAAAACACACCUCUCCAGGAAAGGGACAAAAUUUAGAAGAACUGGACUUUAACAAUAGCACCGGAAGUAUGACAAAAACGAAAAAACUCAUCUCCAUGUCUACCACAGGUGGAAAUAAUAACAAGGAUGAUGCAGCCAACAAUUUCGGCUACCUCCCUUUUCAUAACCUCAAAUUUGUGUUAACAGGAGUUUUUAAAAAUUUCUCACGAGACGAGUUACAAUCUAAAAUAAAAGAACAUGGGGGAAGCGUUAUGUCCGCUGUGUCGUCAAAAACGCAUUAUCUCAUUCAUGGUGAGUACCUGGAAGACGGCCGAAUGUACAACGAGGGAAAGAAAUACCAGAAAGCGUCAGAGCUGCAAAAAAUGAGCAAGUCCAUUAUUAAAAUUUUGAAUGAAGAAGAGCUGCUGAAAAUGCUUCCCCAGGAGAAGGAACAAACACCCAAGGGGGGAAAGGCGGAUCAAGGAACAGACCACCAACACGAAUUCGAAAAGAGGCAUCAGAGCGACCUCGCCAAGAUUGGAAGUGAAAGUGGAAACAGCUCAAGUGCCAGCUAUAAUCGUGUCGCACACAGCGAGAAGGAAAACACAUCCAACUCCACGACACCUGCAGACCAAAACAAAAUUCUAAAUCAACUGUGGGUGGAAAAGUACAGACCAAAAAAUAUAAACGAACUUGUAGGGAACAACCAAAAUGUCCUCAAAUUAAAAAAUUGGUUAGCUAGCUGGGAUGAUGUAUGCAUAAAGGGACUCAAAAAACAAGUAACAAAAACAUUUAGAGGGGUGUUUGAAAAUGUAAAUGCCAGGUGUGCCCUUUUGAGUGGCCCCGCAGGAAUUGGAAAAACGUCCACUGCUAAAAUUGUGGCAGAAAGCUCCGGAUAUAAUGUCAUCGAAUUUAAUGCGUCUGAUGAAAGAAAUAAAGCGGCCGUAGAAAAAAUCAGCGAAAUGGCCACCGGGGGAUAUUCCAUUGCUUCUAUCAAAAGCAAAAAAUUAACAAAAACAUGUAUCAUUAUGGACGAGGUGGAUGGUAUGUCUAGCGGAGACAAGGGAGGUAGUGCAGCCAUCUUAAAGUUAAUUGAAAAAACAAAAUGCCCAAUUAUCUGCAUAUGCAAUGAUAGGCAAAAUACUAAAAUGAGAACAUUAGCCAACAAAUGCUACGAUUUAAAAUUCAUGACUCCAAACAAAAUUAGCGUCGUCAAGAGACUACUAGAAAUAUGCAAGAAGGAAGAUAUUGUGAUGGAACCAAACGCUUUAGAACUUCUAUAUGAAAGCACAAAUGGAGAUUUGAGACAAAUGCUAAAUGCCCUCCAGUUACUCUCAAAGACCUACAAGCGAAUACAAUUCCUCGAUAUAAAAAAGGAGUUAAACAACUCUAAUAAAAACAUACAAUCCUUAGCCAACCCAUUUGAAAUAACACUCAAACUCUUAAACUUCCAUGAAUCAUCAAAAUUAAAAAUACGAGAAAUCAUGGACCUCUUCUUUGUGGACUAUGAAUUGAUCCCAUUCUUUAUAAGUGAAAAUUACACCAAUGUAUUUAAUGACAAUGAUAAAUCUGUCCACUCGGUAAAUAAAUGGAGUGUCUACUCCCAAAUAUCGUAUGAUUUAACUUUGGCAGAAAAAAUUAAAUACAACAUGAAAACUACCAUGGACUUUUCUCUCCUUCCACACUUCUCCAUCCUCUCCUGUGUAUGUCCCGUCAUGCGAAUCAAAAUGUUAAAAUCAUUCAUGUCUGGCAGAAUUAACUUCCCUUCUGCCUUUGGAAAAAUAUCUACCUUCAACAAAAAUAAAAGGCUACUAAACGAAGUAUGCUUUAACAUGUCCUACAAGUUAAAUGUGUGUCCUAAACAUAUGGUUACCUCAGGAUUCUUAAAUUAUAUUUAUGCACAGAUCAUGUCCCCACUACAAUGCAAUAACAUACCCAAGGCCAUACAACUCAUGGAAGAAUAUAACGUCACAAAAGAAAUGAUCACGGAACAUAUCCCAUGCUUGAGAUUACCCACACAGGAAAACUUGUAUGACAAAUUGGAUUCAAAAGUUAAGGCAUCCUUCACUCGACUAUACAACGCUUCACACGUGAUCAAAAAUGAUCCUAACAUGAUGCGCAAGGGACUCAAGUCCACUGAAAAAAAAACUGCCUUCAAAAUGAAUGAAUAUGAAUCCGAUGAAGACAUGGACGAGCUCAGUGAAUCCAAAGAGGACAAGGACGAUGAUAUACUGGUCAAGAGUAAGGUCGAUAAGAAAUCUGCCGCCAAAGGAAAAGCCACACCUCGCUCCAAUGCAAAGAAACGCUAA